AUGCAUACAGAGACCGGGUCAUUCACGAUCCAGUAUAAGCGGCAGCCGUCUGUGGGCCACGAUGCCAGUGCCCCUUCUUCGUCUUCUAAAGGUGCUGAUACUGCUGCAGCAAUUGCUACUGCAUCUCUACCUAGUGGCACGAUUGACAUGCCCCUUUCGUCCACUUGUCCGGACAAACAAGAAGAAGAAACAUCCUCCUCCAGCUCCGCACUUACCCGCGUAUUUGGUCGGCUUUCCAAUGCAGUGCAUGGUAACACAGUAAACACGACGACAACAACGACGACUACUUCACCAACGUCAUCAGCACAGACAUUUGUUGCGCAGGAACAGCAACAACAGCCAUGUUCAGACAGUGCUGAAAAGCGAGAGCCUCCAGCAUCCCCUGUUUCAACUGCUGUGGGAGAGGAGGACGAGGUACCCAAUGGUUUUUAUCUGAACGAAUAUGAUCCAUUGAAUCAAGAACAACGUAGACGGUCUGCGAAGAAUUGUCUAGUUGCCAUGUUCAUGAUAACUAUAGGCACUUUGCUCGCGCUAGCAUUCAUCUUGAUUGGUCUUGGAAAAGCCUUGACAAGUGCCAAGCCAGACAACAGAAAGAGUGCUAGUAUCACUGCGACGGCGACGACAACACCCGCAACGACAACGACGAAUAGUCAGAGUGUAUUGACGAGCGCUUCCACUACAAUUUUCAAUAUUGGACCAACUAACAAUGAUGCUUAUAUACCAUCGUCAUUUAUCCUACCGACUUACACGUCAGAAAUGACAGCCAGCUAA